ACCAACCGUCUCAUCAAAAAACAGCAGCUAGAGAAGAACACUCUUCUUUGUUAGUAUCAACGAUGGCCAAAAUACAGCCCCACCCUGCCGCCGCCUCGCCGUCUCCAUGCUCUUCCUCUGAUGGUCACCGGAGCCAGCAGGCGUACACGGUGUGGAUGAAGUCCCUGGUGUUCAACGGCAACGGCUGCACCGUGUACACCGCUGACGGCGAGGUCGCCUUCCGCAUCGACAACUACGGCUGCAAGGGCGGCCGCGAGGUGUUCUUCAUGGACCGCGCCGGCAACACCCUAAUCAGGAUCAGACGCAAGGGCUUCGGCAUGUUCAGGAUGUGGGAAGUCUGCCACGUCGCCGGCGAGGAAGAAGAGGCGACGCCAUGGUUCAGCGUGCGCCGGGCCAAGAAGGGCGGGGCCGCUGUGACGAUGCACGGCGGCGCGGGGGCGUGUUACAGGGUAGACGGGUGCUGCGCGCGCAAGUCGGACUACAGAGUCAUCAGCGGUGGCGGCGCAGUCGUGGCGGAGGUCGCCCGGAAGCAGACGGCGGCUGGGGUCGUCCUGGGGGACGACGUGCUUACGCUGAUGGUGGAGCCGGAGGUGCAUCACCUGCUCGUGCUGGGUUUGGUCGUCGUCUGUGGGCUCAUGAACCGAUCCUUGUGAUUGAAAUGGCGAUCGUCUUCUACUUCAUUUCUCUAGGGACAUACACCAUGAGGGUCUUCAGGUGCCCGUGAUUGUUUUUCCGCAGGAAAGAUUAGGAAGUUUUUGCCAAAUCGAGCACAUGGAGACUCGUUUUGGUUUAGCAUUUCCCUUUGUCAA